UAUAACAAAGUCAUUAAUGAAUGUAAUCUUUGACAAUUCCAAAUGUUACUAUCAAAAAGUGAAUUUUUUUAACCUUGCUAAUUAAUAUAAUUUAAAAUAAAUUUAAUAAUUUAAAAUAAAACGAAGUAAACAGUCGAAUUCAUAGCUAAAAUCUACAAAUACAUUCCUAUAGAGAGGUUGUUAUUGUUUACAUAUCUAUGUUAGAGUACAAAAGAUCUAAUUAUUUAAAAACCAUGAACCUGGAUAUUGAUACAAGUGUAAUUAAUACAAAAUUGCGAUUCGUGCCUGAUGAAUCAGGAGAACCUCUGCCUUGGCUACACAAAAACAUGAACAAUGAUUUGGCAAUGCCAUACAAGAAGAUUGAUCCUUUUCCUGGUGCUUGCAUAAAGACUUGGACAGACACUGGAGAUAAAGUGUUUAUUAAUGUGUGCCAUUCAAAAGAGAUACUUGCGCCAGAAGAUAUAUCCGAUGAAAAAUUUUCUCAAUUGAUGAUAGAAGAAGUUCCUGGUUUUAUCAUUCCUAUGGCUAUUGGUACAGAAAAGAUGGCUAAAGAUAAAGAAGACAUCGAAAGGGCUACUUAUGAUAUUUUAGUAAAUACUUCUUACUUUGAAAAGUGCAUGAAAAAGCCACAUUUUUGGCAGUUCACUGUUGCAGCCAUUCUUGAAUCCAUUAAUGAUAAAUAUAAAAAAAAUAUUAAUACUUCCAAGCAUAUUGUUUUAAAAAAUAAAAAGGUGACAGGUUCUCUUGAUACAUUUACUAUAGAAGAUCGUAAACCAAGGAAACCUGUAAUUAAAAAAACAUUGAUACAAGAACUUGAUAGCAAAGAAAUCGAAAAUUUAAAAAAGAAGUCUGAUUUGCAGAAAGAAAGUUUAGGAAAGAAAAUUUCUGUAAAACAUAUGGAAAAUCAAAAACAAGGUUCAACCAGUACCAUCAAGACCUCUAAACUUCAGAAUUAUAUUAUUCUAAAAUUAAAAGAUCAGAAAAGUUUAAUUGCUCUUUUUUAUUUACCAUCGUCAAGUAUUACAGAUCUUACAAUAGAUAUUGGAGUUAAUCGUAUUAUUAUUGAAAAUGAAAAAGCUGAAUCUAUUGUUGAUUUGUUUCUGCCUCAUAAUGUUGACAACAAUCAAGUUGUUGCUAAUUAUGAUAAUAAAUUACAUAUAUUACGAUUGCACUUAGCUCUUAAGGAUAACUGAACAUUAAAAGAAAUACUGGCACUUGUGAUAUUACUAAUAAGUCUUAGUUAAGUUCUUAUAUAUAGUACCUGAAGCCAGCUUCAAUUUUUCUACGGAA